GGAGAUUAGUGGGAAGGGGCAAACGCACCCUAUUUUGUGCAAUUUGCACACAGUUUAGAAAUUGAUAAUCCUCUGUACAAUUCCGGUUCCUCGGGACCGAACCGGAUCGAAGUACAAACAAUUCUCCUGUCAGUUUACCAAGAAUCCUUCAGCGGGGUGGAGUCUAUUCCUGGCUCCCAACCCAGAGUCAGACAUCAUCCCGAAUCGGUGUUCGGCUGCUCGGAAGGUCCCAGCACGGUCCCCGCACCGCAGCCAUGGGCAAAGUGAAGACCUUCGCGAUCCUCUACAACCGCCCCACCUACUCUUGCGGGGAGCUGGUCUCCGGACGGAUUGUGGUGGAACUUACGGAGCAGAUCGAGGUUAAACUUCUGAAAAUCCACGCCAAGGGCCAUGCCUUCGUUCGCUGGACCGAAGGACACGCUGGUUCGACCUCCAACCACACGCGGGUUUAUACUCAGGAGCGUCGAUUCUUCAAACACGACUACCUUCUCACUGGAACGGCCUCUGAGAAGUCUAGUCUGUAUCGUCUAGAGGCUCCAAGAGCAUCAUGGGUGCCUUGUACAGAGAACGUGUCAACAACACAAGUAACUCCACGAAUGGAUAGACUGAAAGCUACGAUGAAGGCUUGCAGCGCGAGAUUUUGUAUUUCUAGUAUACAUCAUUGUUAA